UGAGGCCAGCUUCCUGCCGGAUCUGCAGCUGUUUCACGACCGAAAUGGGACGCCGUUUAUGCGGAUGUGAAUUUGCACCGGUUGUAUUCGAUAAAGUUAAAUUUAGCGGUGAGGAUAAGGAUCCGACGGAAGAGGGAAACGACGAGAAGCGAUCGGAGGUGGUCAGCGCGGAUUUUGCAAUCGGUGCCGGCGGUUUACGACCAUCAGCAGCAUUAUGUGCCGGAAGUGAUGACGGGACAGUGUGGGAUGUCCUGAGGAUCCGCAGUCCAUUUCUCGUCCUGGAAGAACCGUCUGUACGAAAGCCACAGGUCCUGAAGCUGUCGUACUCGGAUUACUUCCAGAGGUUGGAGCGAUAUCCGACGAACCUGAUCAAGAACAUCUACCUGGAAUACCGAAGAAGUCACCGCAACUCCGCCCGCAAACUCUCAACUCGCGACGGCGCAGCUUCGGCCGGAUGA